AUGCCUGGUACUGUUGCAGUCCUAAGGACUAGCCCCGUUCGAGUUGGAGGACAGGUAUACGAGUCUCAAGCUUAUUUUCACAUACUUUUCUGGACGUUUCCACCGUGCAUCGAGGCAUUCCGUCAUUGCAAGCCGCUAAUCAGCAUCGAUGGCACCCAUCUGUAUGGCAAGUACGGGGGAACGUUGCUCAUCGCAAUUGCACAGGACGGGAACUCCAACAUUCUACCUGUUGCAUUCGCACUAGUAGAGGGUGAGAAUGCUGAGUCUUGGGCAUUCUUUCUCUCCCACCUUCGUCAGCACGUGACACCGCAACCGGGUCUGCUGGUUAUAUCGGACAGGCAUAACGGCAUCAAGGCUGCGCUUGAGGCUCCUGACGGAGGUUGGUUACCUCCAUCUGCAUACCGUGCAUUCUGCAUUCGACACGUAGCUGCUAACUUUGCCCUUACUUUCAAGGGCAAAGACGCACGGAGGCUUCUUGUGAAUGCGGCGUAUGCCAAGACCGAGGUUGAGUUUGAUUACUGGUUUGAUAUUCUGCGGUCUGAAGACCCGGCGAUGUGUGAGUGGGCGAACCGGAUUGAUUAUUCCUUGUGGACUCAACAUCGUGACGAGGGUCGGAGAUUCGGUCACAUGACGACGAAUAUCUCCGAAUGUGUGAACUCAAUCCUCAAGGGUGUCAGAAACCUACCUGUAUCCUCGCUGGUGAAGGCAACAUAUGGAAGGCUUGCGGAACUUUUUGUUCGCAAGGGGAGAGAGGCUGAGGCCCAGAUGGGAACCGGAAAACAAUUCAGUCAGCACUUGGCCAAGUGUAUUGAGGCCAACAUGAAGACGGCGAGGUGCUUCACGGUGACUUUGUAUGACAGGGAUAAUUCCGAGUUCACCGUUGCCGAAACCGCUCCGACUGGUUCCUUCUCAUUGGGUAGCUACAGAGUAUCGCUUGCCAGUCAGACAUGUGACUGCGGGUACUUCCAGGCGCUUCAUUUCCCAUGUCCGCACGCACUUGCAUGUUGUGCCUACUCACGGGUAAACUGGACCACUUAUGUUCAGAGCGUGUAUAGGAUUAGUUCGGUAUUCAGUGUGUAUCGGAUGGGAUUCACCCCUCCGAUUCCAGAGGGUUUCUGGCCACCAAACGACGGGCCCACUGUGAUACCGGACCCUGACAAGAGGCGUGCGAGAGAGGGUCGCCCUAGGUCCACCAGGAUACGAACAAAUAUGGACGAGGCAGAUCCAAACCGUCCAAAGAGAUGUGGCCUAUGUCGCCAACCCGGACACACACGUCGGAGUUGCCCACAGUUGGGUGGAUCAUCUCGCAUUGGGGGCCAUUAG